UUGGUGCACAAGGAAAAUAUGAGGACACAAAUGAGUCCUUAUCCUUUUCAUCCUUUAUUGAAGACACUGUGACAAUGAAUACGAUGUCGUCAACUACAGUGAAUGUACCAGGAAAACGUGAAGGAACACUUGAGCCAUUAUCAUUUUCGUCCUCUACAGAGAAUAUUCUGACAAUGAACACGAUGUCGACAACUGCAGUGAACCACGAACCUACCGAGUUUUCCAGCAGCGAAGACACUGUGACAAUGAAUACGAUGUCGUCAACUACAGUGAAUGUACCAGGAAAACGUGAAGCAACACUUGAGCCGUUAUUGUUUUCACCCUCUUCGAAAAAUAUUCGGACAAUGAACACGAUGUCGACAACUACAGGGAAAGUCACUGAAGAAGCAUAUACAACAAAAAGGGCAUCCAGAAAUGGUUCUAUCCAGAGGAGAUCAGUGUUGCUAUGGAAUCUUGGCUGCUUUAUUAUGUCUGUUUGGGCUUUCUCUGUUUGAAGAUGUUUGAUCAAUAGAAAAAUGAUAUUGUACGAAGGAGAACACAUUUGCUUUAACUUUAUAUAUUUUUAGCUCUAGAUAAAAUGAUCACAAAAUUUA